UGGCGGAUAAUUUACAUUUGUUUCGUUGUCAAGCAGAAAAUAAUGACGACACCACAAUACAACAAUCAUCAUAUCAGUGCUAAUAAAUAAUACAAGAAGAAGAAGAACUCAUUGUUCUGGAUAUAUAAACACAAUUAAAUUUAAAUGAUUUCAAUUGUAACAGCUAUCAUUUAUAGUUUCUAUUGAGAAAAAAACCAAAUAAGUGACUUUUAGAAGAAAAAACAUUCAUAGCUGUUGAUUGAUGUUUUAAAAUAUUGUGAUUUUGAAAAAAAAGUGUGAUUUAUUUGAUUUUUAUAAUAGUUUAUAACCGUUUGAAUGGGUUCAAUGUUCAAAAAUGACUCUUACAAUGGACAAUCAUAAAAUAGCAAACAAAAAACGUGGGUCAUGGGACUCAAAGGUAUCGAUCAGUACAGUAAGCACCACAACACGACCAUACAGUCGACGCCAUAGAGCACCAAGUUCGAUACUUUCCUCCGAUAGUGAUAUACGAUUUACAAGGAAGAAAUUAAGUUCAAGUGUACGUUGUGGUUGUUACAUCCUUGCCGGAUUUCUCACAUUCUUAUUAUUUGCAGCUAUAUUUGUAUAUAUUGCAUACACAUAUGUAUUAUCAGAUGAUCUAACAGAAAAAAGUUUUCGAGGUACAUUUCGAGUAAUAGAAGGUGAUACAUUUUUACCAGAAUUAGCUGAUCCAUCUACAGAAUUAUUUCGAGUACAUUCUAGAGAAUAUCGUGAAAAAAUAAAUUUAGUAUUUCGACGCAGUGAACUUAGGCCAGGGUUUGAUGGCACAGAAAUUUUAGCAUUUGACGGUGAGGAUGGAAAAGAUUUAAUUGUACAUUUUAAUUUACACUUUGAUCCACAUCAAUUAAAUGUCGACGAAUUUGCCAUAAUGAGUGUAUUAUUAGAUGAAAUUAAUUUACGUGAUAAUGCAAGAUUUUUAACAAAUAUAACAAUUGAUCCAUCAACGUUAGAUGUACAAAAAAGUGAUGCACCAAUUACAACACCAGCAACAUUACGUGCAACUAGUACAGAAUUGCCAUCAACAACAAUUGAAAUUACACCACCAAGAAAAUGUCAUCCAAUUGAGUUACAAUAUUGUAAACAUCUACCAUACAAUUUAACGUCCUACCCAAAUGUACUUGGACAUACUUCAGUAAAAGAAAUCGAAGAUGAUGUGAUAGCAUUUCGUGAACUUGUUGAUGCUGAAUGUUAUCAUAUGGCAUACGAAUUUGUUUGCCAAUUACUACAACCAUCAUGUUCAGUACGCAUCAAUAAGUUCGAAGAUGAAAUGAUAAUGCCAUGUCGUAGUUUUUGUCGAGAUUUUAUAACUGGCUGUGGUAGUCGAUUGCCAGAACGUAUUAAAACAUUUUUAGAUUGUAGUCGAUUUCCUGAAUUUGGUGGAAUUGGUACCUGUCGACCAAAACCAGGAUGUAUACAAGAAUUGAAAUCGAAAGCAAUGUCACCACGAAUUUGUGAUGGUAUUAUUGAUUGUGAAGAUUUAUCGGAUGAAACAGCUUGCGCUUAUUGCCCAGCAGGAUAUUUACAUUGUGGUAUUGGACGAAAAUGUAUACGUCCAGCGAAUCGAUGUGAUGGGAAACAAGAUUGUCCCGACAACAGUGAUGAAAGAAAUUGUUUAUCACUGGCUCCAACAAUAUUUAACAUCACUCAAUAUGAUCCCAUAUCGCCACAACAGACGAAAUAUUUCGAUUCAGGAUACGUUAUAUACAAUGAAAAAGGAACAUAUGGUAAAUUGUGUACAGAAAAUGUCAAGAAAAUUGUGGAAAAUGAUACAUAUAUUUUAGACAGAAAUCCUGUUUUAGAAUCGGUUGCUACAAGUUUGUGCAAAUCAAUUUCAUAUGAGAAAUUAGAGUCCAUACAAAUGAAAAGAGACUCUGAAGAAAAUAUUCCGUAUGUUCAAAUGAAAGACCCAAACGCAUCGGAACUAACAUUUGUACGUGCUGUGUGCCCAAAUAAAGAAGUAUUACAUGUACAAUGUUCUGAAUUAGAUUGUGGAGUUCAAGCUUUGAGAGAUCAAGCUGGUAUUGAAGGGUUAUCAAAAAUGGCACGCCAUGGUGAUUGGCCAUGGCAUAUAGCUUUAUUUAAAGAAGAUAUUCAUGUUUGUGAUGGUACAUUAAUAUCAUCCGAUUGGAUUAUUACAACAGCAUCAUGUUUCCAAGGACAACCAAAAGCAGAAUGGAUUGCAAAAGCAGGUCAAAUACGUACUGAUGCUUCAGCUCCAUGGCAGCAAACUAGACGGAUAGUUGGAAUGGUGAAAUCUCCAGUUGAAGGCAGUACAAUUGUAAUGGUGAAAUUAGAGGAACCGUAUAUAUUUUCCGAUUUUAUUCGACCGAUUUGUUUGCCCGAAGAACAUUUUGUGAAAGGAAAUAUUCUAAGCAACUUGUCUUAUUGUAAUACAUUGGGUUGGGCACGAAAUCGUGAACAAUUGCAACGUGUACAAAUACAAGUAACUAACAUGGAAAAGUGUGAAAAUGUAUCAAUAGCAACUGUAAAUAGUAUAUGCACGGAAUCACCUUAUUCAACAAAGGAUUGUAAUGAAGAGGAAUUUGCUGGUAGUCCAAUUUUAUGUUUACUUCCGGAUCAAAAACGAUGGUCAUUAAUUGGAAUCAGCAAUUGGCGUAUAGCAUGCUCAAAGAAUGGAGUAGAACGGCCAAGAAUGUACGAUAAAAUUACAUCAAAUAUAGAAUGGAUUCAAAAAACAAUAAGUGCCAUCACGUGAUAAACUUUGAUUAGCCACAAUUAGUUUUAAGAAAUUUAGUGAGAAUGAAAAAUAGUUUAUUG